AUGAGGGAGAAGGGUUUCGAACGGUCUUCAGAGCAAUGCCGGCUUAAAGUCAAGAAGCUACGUCAGAAGUAUAUUCAAGUACGCGAUGCACUUAGGAAGACGGGGAGCAGCGGGAAGGAAAAAGACAAAUUUAUCUGGUUUGACGAGGUGGACAAAAUAUUGGGAACGAAACCUGUGGUCGAUCCUGUGGAUAUGGUAGAAAAUGAUGACCGUGAGGCAGAGCCUACCUUGUCUGUAGCAUCGUCCGACUCAUCAUACGUGACCCACGCAUCUGACCCAGAUGCUGAUGAUGUGGAAGACUCCAGCAACGCCCUUGACGAGUCAGAUGUGGUUGAGGCACAGGGCACAGAGAAUGAGGAGAAAGAACCAGAGGAUAGUGAGAAAGGGGGAAAGCUACCCAUUCCAGGAGCAAAGGCACGGAAGAGAAAAGCCAAGUCUAACAGAGUUGAUGAUGAGGUUGUGGAAUAUUUGGCAGAGAGCAGAAAGAUGAUGCAGGAGAUUCAGGGGUCUGAGCAGCGCCGGCUGGAUCAAGAGUCAGCUAACUUUGACAAAUAUCUGAAUGCUCAACGGGAAGCAGAGGAACGACGAUUCCAUGCCAUGCAGCUGCAACAGCAGGCCAGUAACCAGAUGAUUAUGCAGCUUGUGAGCACGCUUGUGAAUACUCAACAUCAUCACUCCUCCGCAAUGCCCUCCUGGAACACCACAACCACACCAACAACCUCUAGGGCCUGGCCCCCACUACCACAUCCCCCAUCACAGUCACAUCAGCAACUACACCCUACUGUCGAGCAGCCUGUGAUCCCUCAAUAUCCUCCCGCCUCACAAUAUCCUUCUGCCUCACCAAACCCAUCCACCUCCCAACAAGAUAACCACAGUGUUUCAUCCAUUUUACGGGAUGUUAACACACAACUGUUCCCAAUGUAGGCUGGUAUAAGCAAU